AUGAUCUCGCAGGAUGAGCUAAUUGAGAUUGCCUUGGUAAAGGGAGAGCAGGCAAGCUGCAGCCACGGCUCCUGCAAGACAUAUUCCGCCACGUCAUCACGCGAUUUUUUCUCGCAAGAAACCAACAGUUGCUGCAAUAGCUCCAGCCUCUGGCCCAGCUCCUCAGCCUGCACUCUCAGUACUCUGUUCUCGGACUCGAUGGCCGCGUACUUGGGCCCAAUCUCGUUUAUCUUCCGAACAAUCUCGUCGAUUUUGGCCCGGAAAUACGCCACCUGUUCGUUCAACUCCUUGAUGUGCUGCUCCUUCUUCAUUCUCGAACGUCUCGCGGAUUCGCGGUUCGAAAUCAUUCUCUUUCUCUUCUUCUCGUCCGUGAUUUUCGCGUACCGGCCUUCGUCAUCGUUAUCCGAGGAACUCGUGUUAGAUUAUGAGAAAGGAAUUAAUGAAAAUUUGAAUCAAGGGAUCAAUGAAAAAACAUAA